UUCUGUGCGACCGCUCUUGCCAGCGAAGCGACAGUCGCACAUCACCAAACCUCCUUCGCAGUACUGCACCUUCAAAGUUAUUAGAUCUUCGGCUUCUCGGGACUCGCACUCAGAAGAAGAAGGAGAAGAAGAAGAAGAUGCAGACCUCCUUUCAAAGACUUACACAUAAAACUCUCUCUCGCAAUGUGUCGAACAGUCCUCUCAAAUUCAUUGACUUGCAAACACACAUGGUGCGUCAAGCGACCAGACAGACCACUCUACACCGACGGCCAAAUUCCCAACCACCCUUGGUGAAGCCGUCAUCAGCGACGAAACCCCGUCUAACGAAACCCAGGCUCUCCCUCUACCGGCCCUGCGCCCCAGGCGUGAACCUCAUGACCUGUCCACAUUUCACCUCCGCCCAACCCCGCGGUCCCGCGACGAUGCCACGCUACUACUGCCGCGACACACCCCGGCACGCCUGCCCUUUAUGCGACAGAGUUCAGAUCGUCGGUCCGAGAUAUGCCGCCGUCGCAGAUUCCAGCAGCAGCAGCAGAGGCAGUGCGAGCGAGGCUAGUGUUGAGAUUGCAGGACGAGUCCCACAGAGAUAUCGCGGUAUCGCGGGGAACGACCUGAGAUAUUCGAGGUUGGUCCUCAAACGGGGACAGGGACUACGCGUUGGACUGGGCCCGGCGAAGAAGGAUUUGGGGCUGGACAUUCCUUGCUGUGGGGUGAUGUGAUGCCACAAACAAAAGCCCAACAUGGGAGGAGCGGCUGUGUUUUAGGUUCGGGGCUCUUCCAGGCUAUGCGGACGUGUCGAGGUCUGUCAGACAGGUAGUGUUGAGUUCAAAUAUAAAGGUGUGCGGAAGUUAUUGGCUUCUACAGAAGGCCGCAGCCCCGGAUGGAUCCUCGAUUCAUGCAACGCGAUCCAGCAGAGAUGGAAUCCAAGCAGGGACCGACG